AUGGGGGCAACAUGGGCGGCGCAGAACAACGAAUUACGCCAGGCAGACGGCGGGCCGCCAAGGUGGCAGUCCCGGCAGACAGCCGCCGGAAGCCGUCGUUUUGGACCCCCGAACUGGCGGAGUUGGACGGUGUCGCGGCCAAAAGCCGCUAGCUUGUGCUCGCUACGCGCCAGGAAGCAGAGCAGUCUUGUGAGGGUGGGUGUACGCGGCGGAGGCGAGGAGACACCCGGGGUUUCACGCCCUCCGCCGCCCCAACAGGAGCCCUUGCACGGGGACAGUCUCACAGAGCUGGCGCCGUGGAGUCAUCAUGCUCCUCUUGAAUCGGGGAAAAGACUUCCGACCCCAGAGCGUUGCCAGUCUGCCGCGUCGGCCACCUGCCUUGGUAAGCUGGUGGAACGCAUUCUUGCCGCUGGCGCCUGCGGCGUUAUGGCGUCUCAAAGGCCUCCCCCGCGGUGA